CCUUUUCUCCUGCCUUUGCUGCUCCGGCUUCCUGCCGCCUCUGCAGUUACUGCCCGAGGAUGGACCCGCCCGGACUGGACGCCGCCGUAGUCGCUUCCCGGAUCAGCUCUCCUCGUCCCGCUUGAAGCGGGGAGCCCCUCCGUCUUCUUCGCCAAGGAAUGGGGUUGCCCAGGAGCCUAACCAAGCCCAACUGGAAGACCGUCGUCUGAGCCCCGCGCUGGUUAGCCGGGACUUUCGCCUUCCAGCUUCUGCCAGAGCCUCGAUGGGGCUGUAGUUCCUGAGCAUACUCGCCAGCCUCUGUGGAUUCCUCCACCUACAGCCACCAGCGCAGCUCCGGCAGGGCUCCUCUUUGCCCGCUUCUGUGCUGAGCUCAGGGUCUGGUCUGCCCAGCCGAUAGCCUGCUAGCCCCGCCGCCUGCCAUGGCGCUGCGGCGCUUCCUGCUGCUGCUGCUGCUGCCGCUGCUGCUCUCCCUAGAGUCCCUGCACUUGCUGGUGCCUAUGGCUGAGGCGGGGCCCCGGGGCCGCGGGAACCGGAAUGACACUGGCCCUGGAGCCGUGGGGGGCCUGAGGACAGGAGGAACGAUGGUCAGGGGCAACCGGGAACCGAAUGGGACGUCCCGCCAGCCGGCGGUCCCAGAAGGGGUGCGGCGGGGCCGGCCUUCGCCCAGUGUCACGGUCACCCACGAAACGUGUUGGGGCUACUACGAUGUGAGCGGCCAGUAUGACAAGGAGUUUGAAUGCAACAACAGCGAGAGCGGCUUUCUGUAUUGUUGUGGUACUUGCUUCUACCGUUUCUGCUGCAACAAGCGGGGAGAGAAACUGGAUCAGCACCAGUGUAAGAACUAUGUGAGCCCGGGGUGGAUCCAGACUCCUAGCACCCAGGUGAUUCCUCAGGAUCCUCCGAAUAAGUACGACCCGGAGAAAGACAAGACCAACUUCACAGUCUACAUCACCUGCGGAGUAAUAGCCUUCGUCAUCAUUGCUGUAGUCUUUGCGAAAGUCUCCUAUGAUAAGGCCCACCGUCCCCCGAGGGAGAUGAACAUCCACAGAGCUCUUGCUGAUAUCUUAAGGCAACAGGGACCAAUCCCAAUAGCACACUGUGAAAGAGAGACUAUCUCAGCUAUUGAUACCUCUCCCAAAGAGAACACACCAGUCAGAUCCUCCUCAAAAAACCACUAUACCCCAGUACGUACAGCCAAACCUGCAACAGGGAUCUAUGGGAAAGAUGCUCACCGAAGUGGAGGCCCUGAUCUUCAUAACUUCAUUUCAUCUGGAUUUGUUACAUUAGGAAGAGGACACACGAAGGAAAAGCCACGGAUAAACAACAUCCUGACAUCAGCCACAGAGCCCUAUGACCUUUCUUUCUCUAGAUCCUUCCAGAAUUUGGCUCACCUUCCUCCAUCCUAUGAAUCUGCAGUUAAGACCAACCCCAGCAAAUAUUCAUCUCUGAAGAGACUAACUGACAAAGAAGCUGAUGAGUACUACAUGAGGAGGCGUCACCUCCCUGAUCUGGCUGCCCGGGGCACACUCCCUCUCAAUGUCAUUCAGAUGUCACAGCAGAAGCCCCAACCCCGCGAGCGUCCUCGCCGGCCAAUACGAGCCAUGUCUCAAGACAGAGUCCUGUCUCCUGAAAGGAUGAUGCCAGAGGAGUUCAGCAUGCCCUAUGACAGGAUUCUGUCUGAUGAGCAGCUGUUGUCAGCUGAACGCCUACACUCCCAGGAUCCACUGCUGUCCCCAGAGAGGACAGCCUUCCCAGAGCAGGCUCUGUCUCGUGCUAUGUCUAACAUGGAUGUCUUUGUGUCUACACCUGUGCUGGACCGCUACCACAUGACCAAGAUGCACUCCCAUCCUAGUGCCUCCAAUAACUCCUACAAUACCCUAGGCCAGAGUCAGACCGCAGCUAAGCGCCAGGCCUUUGCAACUCGGAGACACAACACAGUAGAACAGCUGCAUUACAUCCCUGGACAACACACCCACUACCAUACAUCCAGCAAGACUGAAGUGACUGUGUGACUGGGGUCAGAGCCAGGGACAGGUUGGGUGGAGGUAGCUAGGAGAGAAACCUGAUUGUUAUCCCUAAAAGGGUCUUGGGGACUCUUCUGGUCCUUGUCAUUCCACACUUUCCUACCUUAUCCACAAGUGGAUAAUUGUAGAAAAAUAUUCAAGGGAGGGAUGGGGGUCAGAUGGGCUGCUUCUGCAACAGAAAGUCAUACCCCCUCCUAGAAGUACAGCCCAAGUCUCCUGGCACUGACUUACUCUGUCUUAUACAGCUAAAAGGUUUUCUCUCACUUUUUCAAGCGGAAUGAAGUUGUGAGAAAAGGAGAUAGUUCUGAGCCUCCCCAGCAGCAUCUCCUUGUUCCCAAAUACUUUCUCAAUAGGGGCUCAGCUGUUAGAGACCCUCAGUAACACUCUUCCCUCCCAGCUGGGUUGACCAGGGUAUAUGAAGAGUUGGCUGGUUAGGUUGGCAAUGUGGUCUCAUUCAUUUAACUAGAAUUACAUCAUGGAAAUCUUCUAGUGCCUAAAAACUUUCUGCUCACCAGAGCAGUGAAACUGCUGUGUCCAUAAGCACAAAGAUAACUUCCUUGCCCUUCAUCAGAGUGCUCUCAGACCUUACUUUCACAUAAGCCUGAAAACAGACAGGUUUCCAUUAUUUCUUAUGUUCCUUCACAGAAACUCUGAGUUUGGGAAAUUUACCUAACCAUAUCUCCCUUCUAAGCAUUCUCUGCACACCCUGAGUACUCAGAGGGUGUACUCCUUUCCUUCAGGUCUGUUCUCUGUGAACCCAAAUGCUCAUGGUCCUCUAAUUCAGAAGCCCAAGAGCUCUCCUGAAGUGGUGAUGAAGUAAAUUCUCAUAAAGAGGGAAACCUUGGCCUUCUAUGUAUAGAGAAUUCAUAUCAGAGAACUGGAUAGCCUCAGCAUCUUCUCGAGGAACCCUAAGUUCAGAACUCUAAACCCAGACUACAGCUCUCAUGCAGGCCUAUUUCCUCUUCCCAGAACCCAGCCUGACCUCCUAUCUAAGCCUCACUGUGAUAGCCAUGAUCUCUAAGGGGAGUUACUAUUUCCAUAAUUCCUGGCCCCGCUUUCUUAACCCCAUUCAUAUCAGACUGGACUGUUUCAGAUGCAGUCUAUUUUUUAACCCUCUAAGAGGGCAACCCAGGCCAGAAGCAGAAAAUUAUCUUUAGAUAAUACUGCCCCUCCCAUAAGGCAACCUGUGUUUCCACCUUACCAUCUUAAACUUCAUUCUUCUCUUUUGGCCAGACACCAGUCCCCUGUAAUCUUCCACCUGUUUUGUCCUUUUGGGGACUUCUUUUCGCUGCUUACCUUCCCUUCUCUGUUCUGUCAGCUACAAACCUAAUUACUCAGUAUCUACAGCUUCUAGAAUUUAUUACUGGUCCGGAUUAAAAAAAGGCAGAACAAUUUUGAAAAUCUACCAAUGGGAUUUUACUUUAUUUAAUGUUUUAUUCUAGGCCCUUUUCCUAGCCCAACUACUUUAAACUACUUUACCCCCCUUUCCUAUUACUUAGGUCAAAGAAAUAAGAUGGAGGUAUUAUUGAGGGAAGGGAGAGAGAGGGGAAGGAAGACCAACAGGCUAAUAGAUCUAACUAUAUAAUCUGAUCAUUGGGUAGGCACUUCAUUUCAAAUCAAGUCCUUAAAUUUUAGUUCUGAGUUGCUGCUGAACCAUCUGCUGCUAUACUCUGACCCAGACAGAGAAACUAAAUGGAGCUCAUGUGUAUGCUGCUGAGUAGUCUCAUCUUCUGCAGAGUAUAGGUAAUUUACUAGCCUGAGGCUGACUACUAAAAUGAGGGUGUGCCAAGCUAUUUUCACUUUUGUAGAGGAUGGCAUCUUCCUCAUACUUAGGGCUACGGUGCCACUGCAGCUUCAUUAGUUUCCUUUCCAGGAUGUUAAAAAGAGAACAUCUUCUAUGAAAACUCUCAAUUAAUGGCCCUAAUUGUUCCCAGUGCUUUAGUUACUCUAGCCUUCUAUCACCACUUCUACCAACCUGUUGGAUGGAGUAUAGCAUAAGAACAUAAUAUUAUAGAGACAACCAUCCUAUUAUCUCCAUCAAAAAAAAAUUAGGCUCCAAAUGAAAUGACUUUUAAAUAGGGUAUCUUUUCAUCAUCAUGAAGGUAAAAUAUCUCCCACGUUGAUGUGGUGCCUUCAAAGGCUAGAAAAUUCUUCCAUGGAAGCCUUGUAAAUUUCCCAUCACACUAGAUGAGAUGACAUUGAAAUUAAUUAGUUUAUUCAACCUAUUUGAAGAAUCCUAAAGCUCUAAUUUUUGUUUGAACUUUGGGAAAAUUACUAUCAGUAGAAGUAUGGUAGAGUGGAAAAAUAUAUUGUUUCUGGCUCCAAAUCCUGUGUCUUUCAUUUACUAUCUUCAUGACCCCGGACAAGUCAUUUAAAUCAAAAAUCACAGAUUUAGAGCAGGAAAGGAUCUUUAAGGCCAGUAAGUUCAAUUUCCUCAUUUUAACAGAUAAGGAAACUAAACACUAAAACCCUAAAUGACUUGCCAGAGAUCACAUAUAGAACAAGUGGCAAAGCUGAGAUUUGAACUCGUGUCUUCUAGCGAUUCCAAUUCCACUGCACCAUUGAGCCACACUGCCUACUUUGUGUCUCAGUUUCCUUUUUUGUCAAAUUAGGGGGAAUUAGUACAUGACCUUUGAGGUUCCUUCCACCUCAAAAUCUAUGAUCCUAUGACAUCCCAUCAUCCCACUUUCCUAAUUCACUGCUCAGGCCAGUCUCACUCCAAAGUGAACAGAGACUCCUCAAAUGAUUGGUAUGGGCCACUUGCCCUUUAGCUUCGCUGUAUGGGGAGUGUCAUGGCUUCUAAUAGCUAAAAGAAGGACAGAUUUUCCACAUGUAAACCUUAUGAGGGCUAGUCCCCACAGGUUCAUCUGAGUUUGUUUUUUAAGCAACAUGUGAGAGAAUUGGGUUCAAUGAAACCAAAUAUAUCUAUUACAGGUUCAUGAAAUAUUCAGUUGGCCACAUGAGUAGUGAGGGAAAUCCUAUCAAAAGCUUUAGCACAAUACCAACAAACCAAGCCAACUUUAUCCACUUUGUGGGAAAAGAGAAAGGUAGAAUUUCUACUCUACCAAGUGUUCUGCAUUUCCACAACCAUUCAUAACCAACAACUGAUAUACCAAUUUGCAUUUCUCAUUCUCUCAAAGAAAUCAAUCGGUAGAAAAUCCAUUUAGUAAAUUUCCAUAAUCUUUGGCAGAGCAUUCUCUCUUGAAUGUUUGAAAAUAUAUUGUCCUCCUUAUUUUGGUCUCUAUUCCUUUUUAAGUUCUGAUAAAGAUUCAAUUUGAUGCAGUUUAAUUUAGCAAAUAUUUAUUAAGCACUUACUAGGUGUAAGAGAUUGUGUUAAGCAUUGGCAGGGACAUGAGCCUGCAAUUGAAGUGUCUUUCUUCUUAUUUUUCUCCUAUAACUGCCUCUUUGUGUCCUCCUAAUCCUUAAAAGAAUAUACAACUCUUAAUAAAAUUGAGUUCUUUUGAAUCUUGCCAUGGUUCCUGCUUCUGUGAAUUUACAGAUUCCAAAACUUUUAUCAAGUAGUCCUUAACCAUAUAGAAACCAUAUAGUGGAAACACUGAUGGACUUUGGGAUUCACAAGUCAAUUAGAUGAUAGAUGAUCUUCCAAGUAUCAACUUUCAAUCUCAUCUUAUUCUAUAUCGGAAUAUCUUUCUUCUACUUUCAUUUUAAUUCAAUUCCUUUUUUUUUACUCUAUAUCCCAGCACUGAUCUCCUCUACUUAAAACUUGUCUAUGUACUCUCCUCAGUUGCUUUCCUUUCCUCUCUAAUGCUGAUCCCUUCUCCCUAUCCCUCCUCUUGUCUCUAGCUCUAUAAAGCAGAAAUCUAGAUGAAAAUAAUGGAAUUAGUAAUUCCUGAGGUUCCAGGUACUUUCCUGCCAAAUCCAGUUCUGGCCACAUCUCUUAGCUCCUCAGGGAUCUCUCAAUCACACUUGUUGUCUCCCUCUUUUGCCCUUAACAUAUUAAUAAUACCUUAUACUUAAUACUUAACAAAAACAAUUUACAUGAAUUAUCUCACUUGAUCUCUUCUUCUGUUUGUAUGUGGUAUUUACCAUUUAUCUCCAAAAGCUGAAAGUUUAGUUGGUUUCUCAGAAAGGGAAGGAAAGGAGAUCAUUCUCCAUUGUAUUUCCCAAAUCAACUCUACAGUUAUUCAUAUCAAGCACAAGUGAGAAAUUGAACUGAAGAAAUUACCUAAGAGUCUGCCUUUGACAUACACAUGACUAUAUUUUAAAAUCAUUUAUUUACCUCUUCUAACAAACCUGGAAACUUGUUCUGAAAGUAUUUCAAGGGAGCUAAUAUCUUAGUAAAGUAUUUUUCAACAUUCAAAUACUACUUUCAUAAGCAAACUAUUGUUUUGCUGGAAAAAUUAGUAAAAGAAGUCUUUCUGGGUUCUCAUUGGAUUUUCAUUCACAUCUUGAUCCUCCUUUACCCUUGCAACUUCUGACUCCCAUCUGAUCUUCAGAUUUCUCCUUUCUGAGCUGUACAUACCUCAUUAUGUCUGAUCCACAGUGAAAUUCUCAGCCACCAAGGGCAUAUCUGGUAUAGGGUUGGCUCAAUAUUCUUGGCCCACUGAAUUAAGAUCUUGAAACUGCAUGUUUAACUAUCUAACCAUUCAAUAGGCUUGAUUUAAUAGGUUGAUUUUUAUAGAAACUUGCUUAUAUCAGAAACACCCAAACUAUUCAAGGCUUCUACCCUUGAGGAAUUUGUUUCCUUUUUCAAUGUGGCCCAGGCUGAGAGACAGCUAGAAAUGGGAUGGAAUAUUGAGAGGAAUCGGGGAGGUGGUUUUGUCCAUGAAGUCACAAAUCUUGUGCUUAAAAUUCCUUGAUGAGCAGCAUCUUGAAAAGAACAAGGUUUUGUGAUGUAAAAAAAAAUUUUUUUCUAAACAGCAAUGAGAUUUGUCUCCUUGAAAACAACUCUGGACACUAAGGUUGUGAUCUAGUUGGAGAAAGUGAAGAAGGAGAAAGUGAAGAGCUCAGCUCACAGCUGAGCCUCUGGGUAUUAUAUGGAAUUGUUACUGCCCUUAUACCUUUCUAAAACCUCCUGGUGACACUCCAGUAAAGGAUUAUGAGAUGAGACAAGAAGACAGGAUCAAAGUCAAGAUAACUUAGACAAAUCACAUAUAUCUACACAUGUACCAUCAUUCCUCUAGUAGUGACAAAAAAUAACAUUGUGUGCCUCCUUAAUGUCAACAUCUAUAAGGAGAAAAUAUCACUUCUCAAUUGUAUCAUUCUUCCCCUCUUCAACCUCAUUUCCUCUUGCAAAGGACCACCGCAAGGGGAUGUCCCAUUCAUGUUCUUUAUUAAUGGUGGAUACGCUCUUAGUUCUAUAAGUAAACUAGACAUUUUGUAGUAAGACAUUCUCUAAUAAAAGCAAUUCUUACUUUAAGAUUUUAAUUUGGGUACACUAUUUCCUAAGAGGGAUUAAUGAACAUUUUUAUGCAUUAGCCCAAUUUAUGGAUUUCAUCUUAAUUAUAUAUAGUGAUACCAAUGAAAAAUUACCUUUAUAUCUGUAACUUUGCACAGAUUCUUGAUUAAUCAUUAAGCUUCAAGAUGAGCAGUACACUACUGUUUCCUCUGUAUUAUUCUCCUUGUUCUACUUACCUGUAAAAGCACAUUCUGUAUGUACUGUAAACAAAUAUCAGUUUAGUAAGAUUUAGAGUCUUAAGGAUUUUUCCACUUUUGUCAGUAACAAAUAUUUAUGAAUUUAAAAAUAAAGCAGUUUCAACAAAA